UUAACUUUUUGAAAAGUUUGUUUUGAUUCGGAGUUAUCUCACAAGCUCCUGAUAAUUAUCGACGGAAUCCUGAAAUCUACACAUUAAUUUAUUUAUUUGAUUAUUAUUUAAGUGUACAACUUGACGAAAUCUUCACAAUGCCGGUUUCCAGCGAGUCUAUCUGCCAAGAAUCAAGCCCAGCGGAAGAAACAAAUUUUGAUCCACACUAUGAGCCUAUUAUCUCCUUACCAGAAGUUAAUGUAACCACAAUGGAAGAAAAUGAAACUGAAAUGUUGAAAUUAAGAGCAAAACUAUUCCGAUAUGAUUCGAGUUCAGAGCCGCACGAGUGGAAGGAAAGAGGGACGGGUGAUGUCAAGUUGCUCCGCCACAAAGAAAAGAACACAGUGCGAGUUGUCAUGCGAAGAGAUAAAACCUUGAAAAUCUGUGCCAAUCAUUUCAUCACGCCGAGUAUGGAGCUGAAACCAAACUGUGGUAGUGAUCGCGCUUGGGUCUGGUCGGUCCGAGCCGAUUAUGCCGAUGAAGUAAUGUGCCCUGAGCUGUUAGCCAUUCGAUUUGCCAAUGCAGAAAAUGCCAAAAAAUGGUACACCACGUUUGAAGAAGCGAAGCAAAUAGUUGCCACUCAGUGCGACCUUUAUAACAAAUCACUGGAAGAACUGAUCAAUCAAGACGAGGACAACAGCGGAGACAGCAGUGAUGACACAAGCGACUCGCUAAGCGAUGAUGAUGGGAGCGAUGAGAAAACCAAACCAGCAGAAGAAUCUAAAGAUACCGACGACAAGUGUGAUCCAGACCUCAAUCAAGCAGUAGAAAACCUUCGAAUAGACUCCAAAACUGAUAAAGCUGAAGAUUCCAAAGUGUCUGAAUCCCAAGUUUCAGAACCUAAGGCGGACGUUUAAUCUUCCUACUUUUGCUUUCUCCGUGAUCCCACUUUUGUUUAAGUUAAGAGGCUAGUGAUGUUUGCAUUUUUACUCAAUCUUCUUAAUUUCAAGCAAAGCUUCUCUCUCUAUAAUAAGUUUUUGUUUAGAAUCUUUUUAGAAUUUUUCUAGAGUUUCCAAUGUUUCCUUUUUUCUCAGAUUUCUUCUUAAUAUCAUUGAGGAAACUCUGAAUUAUUUUAGCUCCCAUUCACAGGCCAUUUGAACAGCUUCGAAGUAAAGCAAUAAUUUUUUUCCAUCCUAGAGUUUGUAAUAAAGAAAAUUCACAUCAACAACAGUGAGUUAAGGAUUUCUUUCCUUUUUUAAGAAAUAAAUAUCUGUAUGGUCCAAAUUGGCCAGUGAUUACCCCUCCAUUUGCAUGGUGUUGAUAUCUUGCCAUGAAUCCAUUUUAGCGCUUUUUGUAUUGUCUCAAUGUAAGGUUGCAAACUUUAAUAUCGAGCUUUAUUUAAUUCUGUAUCUCUUAUCCCAGUCUCGCAACAAAGCAAAUACUUCAUUGUCUAAUUUGAUUUUCCAAAAACAAAGUUAUAUCAAGUACCAGAAAAAAUGUCUGGACUCCUCCGAAGCUGUUCAGCCUUGGACUCGGGCUUAUAACCUCAAAAUUCUAUCACUCUCUGCGCUAUGGUCAUCGCUAAAUAAGUUCAAACACUCAAUAAGUGGAAUAGAAAAUCCGUUAUCUUGAUUCUUGUAUUUACUUAUUCUUCUAAACAGAGGAUGACAGAUCUUCUGUCGUAGUCCAAAAGUGUUUAAACGUAUUUGGCGGAGUAUCAUCUGUAUAAGUUCUUCCAAUAAUUUUUUGACCACUAGAGGCUGCCUUGAAAAGCUGUAUCGCGGACGAAAGAGCACAUCUCGAUUGCGCUGCUUCAGUGUUGCUUACUUACAUUUUACUUUUUCAUAAGAGGACUUUCGUAUGAAUUUUUCUGCAAAUUCCUAGGGAUUUUUCUUUAUCUCUAAGAGAUCAAACUCUUGAAAAAUAAAAUGUUUGUAGAAAUACUGAAACAGCCCAGAUGUUUCCUCGUGCGGGAGAUGACGAAAUGUAUGUAAAUGAAUCUUGCAUCGUCUGUGGAGGGAAAAAUAAUGAGGAAACGAGUAUUUGUAUUUCCACAGUCAAAUUUAAAAUGUUUAACGAUCAAAAAAUGCAUUUUACAUACUUCAAAGUGUUUAUGAGUAGGGAACAGCACCUGCAUUUUCCAAACUUCAAUGAGCUUAAAAUUAUUUUUGAUUAAUACUCAGCUCGUUCUAAAAUUGAUGAUUUAUACUCUUCGAAUUAUUUCACACCUCUUCAGCCAUGCAAAUCAUUUUCAAAAGACUGAAAAACCAAAAAUUUUCCUUUGCGACUUUUGUAACGACUUUGCAUUUUUCCCCAAACUACGGUGGGCCUCUAGGCAAGGUAUUACAGGACAAAGAUUUUUAAGACUUAAGAUUUUAAAGGGAUAUGAAGUAACAUUUUUCUGUAAUUCAGACCUUGUCUAGUUGCCCAUACUGUUUUUGGCUCCUACUAUUCGUCAUUUCUCCCACAAAAGAAUGUACAUUCAGUUCAAUAAUGUCAAAUUCCCCCAAUUUAUUUUUACCAGGAGAGUUUUUUUUGGACAAAUCUGACUGAAAAUUUCACUGAUUUUUCUCCUGAUCUCACGCAAAAAGCAGUCAAAUUUUAAACAAAAAUUGCACCGGCUUAUUCUUGUAAAAAAUUGAAUUGUUGGAGUCAAUUUUGCAUCCUCGGAAUGGAGUUACGUUCCUUCGUCCGCGAACAAUGAAUUUUUUUUAAUUCCUUUUUUUACUCCUCAGUCAUUUAAUCUAAUAAUUUGACCGUAAGAAUGUGCUCUAAUUGAUGAAUUCUAAGACUAGCGAUUCUUCUCUGGAAUCUAUUUGUGGCAUUUUGUGAGUAAGCAAUUUUGAUUUCCUCCUUGAGAGUAAUUUUACUUGCGUUGUUUCUGAUCUUCACUUCUAGUGUAGCUCCUCCAACUAUUGUUAAUGAGAAAAUAACAUUUUAGGUUACAAAUGCAUUACGUUGCAUUCUAAAGACUUCAUUUAAAGUCACCAUCGUUUUUUCAAAUUAAAUUUUAAGAUAAGGUGCAAAAUGAUCCGUAAAUGAGACUACGUCUUCAAUCACGUAUGAAGUUAUGUGCCAUAAGGAAAUUGAUUCACUUAAGAAUGUAAAUUGAUUUUCUGAGUGUCUACAGGGUUAGGGAAAAUAUUUCUCUCAGGCCAAUAAAAAUGCAAGAAAGAAAUUUCAUCAAAAUUACCAGAAUCCCCCCAUCAUCCCUGAUGUCUCUCUAUCAAGUUUUUACAAUUGGCUGAACAAAUAGUUCACUAAAUUAUAACUUGGAUGAGGUAGAUUGAAAAAUUUAAAACUAAAUAAUUAUCGUCGAACAAACCUCUUUCGAUGCAUAUUGGUCCAUCGAUAAUCAGAAAGGUCCAAGAAUGUUUUCCUUCAAUGUUGUGAACACUCGGUAUUUCUACUAUAGCCACUUAUGUCCAAUGACUGGUCAUCAUAUCAUCAAUUGCAGUUGUUUAAAGUACCAUAAGCUUUGAUAUUUAAUCGUCCUAACCAGUUUUCUAUCUGUUUGCAAGUGGCAUUCAAUAAUGGUCCAAAUCAGUUUAGAAGUGGGGAUUUGAUGUAAGCAACGAAAAAUCCUGGUGAUUUGACGAAAAAAUGGUUGGCUCUUAAUUCAGUCACUCUUUUCUUUUAUACCUGUUGUAUUUUAUUGAAAUAUUGAUCUUAGAUUAAAGUUACCUUCCUUUUAAUUUCUCCCAGAGACCAUAUUAAAAACAUCUAAAAUUUGAAAUUCAAGUGGCGCUGAAUUUCUAUGCGUUUACCAGAGUCUCUUUUUCCCAAACUAGCAGGGAAAACAAUUACUAUUUAAAUGUGUGAUAAUUUUAAAACUUUUGUACAUACUAAUCAAAUAAUUUCUCAUUUUAUUUUGUGCCUUAUCGUCUCAAUUCAUUGGUUUUGGAAGAAAGCUUAAGACAAACGCAAAGGCUCUUUUGAGGAAAUCCACCCAGGUGAUUUCGAGAGGAAAUCAUCGUUCUAUGGUACCCAUCACAUUUUAUUUUACUUUAAGGCAACCUUUAAAGUGUUUAUUUUUAUCCUGUGACUAGUAAUAGUUGAUAUUUAAAUAGAUUUUGAAUAAGUAUCCA